AUGAAUAAUAAAAUAAUUGAAAAUAUAACAUUAUAUGCAUCUUCAUUAACAAUUAUAAUUGGAAUAUUGGGUGGAAUUUGUAAUAUAAUUACAUUGACAUCAAAAGAAUUUCGUUUUAAUUCUUGUGGAUUUUAUUUUUUAUGUUCAACAAUAUUUGAUUUAAUGUAUUUAUUCAUAAGUGCUUUAACACGUUUAAUUAUUGAUCAUUUGUCGAAGAUGAAAAUUGAUCAAACACUUUUCUUUUGUAAAUGUCGAGCUUAUUUAGCUAUUUUAACACCAUCUUUAUCAACAUUAUUUCUAAUGCUUACAACAAUUGAUCGUUAUUUAUCAACAUCUUCUUCGAGAAAACGACGUCAUUUAAGUCGAAUACAUAUUGCUUGGCCUAUUGCAAUUUUAAGCAUAAUGAUCAUUUUAAUAACUCAUUCUCCUAUACUUUUCUUCAAUCAAAUUGAAAAAACAAAUCUAACAAAUAAUAAUUAUCGUUGUGUACCUACUGCAAGUUUUUAUACAAUAUUAAUGAAUAUCUAUCUUUUUCUAUUUAAUCCAUUUGUAGUAUAUACAACAAUGUUUAUUUUUAGUUUAAUAACAUUAAUUCGAAUGAGAACAUUACAAUGUCGAUUAGGUUCUUUAAAUCAUCGAUUACGAAGACAUCGAAUCAUUGAUCGACAUUUAAUAACUAUUAUGUUUGUUCAUGUUGGUUUGGCAAUGACAAUAACAUUUGUUCGUUGUGCAUUUUUAGUUUACACAUUUUUGACAAAUAAUACCAAGAAAAAUCUUUCGAGAAUAACAAUUGAAUUAUUUCUGGAUAAAUUCUCUAUUACUCUUUAUUAUAUGAAUUUUGCUAAAUCAUUUCCUGUAAAUACAAUAACAAGUACACUCUUUCGUCGGAUAUUUCAUCAAAGAAUCAUCCGUUUAUUCACUCAAAUAUGUUCACUUUGUACAAGAAAACAAUUGGUCAUCCAUCAUAGUAUCAUGAAACACCGUCCAACUAACAACGAACAAUAUCUUUAA